CCUGGAUACACCAUCCCAGUUCUCAUCCAACUUGCCAUCCUUGGCAGUCCGAAGAAGCGGAUGACGCUGGGCGGAAUUAUUGAGGCACUGGAGAACAGGUUCGAGUGGUACAGGGAGCGUAAGGAGGAAAAGGAUACCGCGUGGAAGGGCUCUGUUCGUCAUUCCCUCUCCCUCGAGAGAUGCUUCCGAAAGGUGCAGCGGCCGGUCACGGAAAUUGGCAAAGGGCAUUACUGGACGGUGGAC